UGCUAAUAUAAGUUCGUAUAUUCAAGAGCUAUACCGUAGUCGUCAAGAUUUGUCAGACGCCAGAAAUGAAAGCUGUUAUAGUACUCGCUUGCUUUGUAGCACUGGCAAACGCUCAGGUUCUUCCUACCUUGCUGCCAUGUCCUCCCGAUGAUUUCGAUUGUAUCCUCAAUCCAAUAGGAGAGCCUAGAGCCAGACCACUGAAUAGCAACGAUGUUGGGGACCUGGUCGCUUCACUCGUACAACAAAUUGUAGACUUUAUUUUCCCUGACGGUACUGCACCAGGCAAUGAGGAUCGAACCAUAGAUGGCAUUGGAAAGCUAGUAUCAUGGGUUGUCAAUGAAGUCAUUGCUCAAUUUGGUAAUCCUAUGACAAGACCAGGAGGAGUUGGCUAAGAAAUAUACAAUACCCCGCUGACAACCCGCUUAGUCCAACUGCUGACCAUACUGAGGGAGAAAUGCUGUGCGAUGCAAAUUGAAUGCUUCAAUAAUUUGUGUUACACUAGGCACUUCUAUUGAUUAUUGGUGAAUAAAUACUGAUAAGCAGCAAAUUA